AAAUUAUUACAUAUAGUCGUGGUAUACUACUACUAAUCGUCUUCCCCAUUCUCUUCCUCAUCGAUAUCAUUUCUAAAUAAAUUAUUCUCCAUAUAUGAAAACAAAAUAAAAUCAGAAAUUAUAGGGAGGAAAAAAAGAAGGGUGUUUUCCGAAGGAGAAGAAAGGAGCGAAUUUAAUCUAAAAUUUAAUUUCUGCUCUGGCAGGCAUUCACAUUGAGCUGAAAACGGGCCGUUCGGUGAUUGUCGCUGCCCGACGUUUUACCGGCGUCGUUUUCCGAUUAUCAUAUAGGUAUUACUCUCAAUUUUUCCCGUUUUCGUUUUGGCAUGGGGAGAUACGAAUACCGGGGGAGGAAGGCGAUAGUUUUUCAUUCGUGCUAGGUUUUUUGUUUUUUUUGUUCCCCAUAGUUUGUCUGAUAAGCUGGUGAUUAUUAUACGAGUAUUAAAUUCGUUCGUAGCUUGAAUUCAGCUGGGAUAUUGAGCUGCGAUCUAAGUCAUAUUAUUUUUCUCUACUAUUUUUCCAUAGAAGUCAGGGAAGUUUAUGUAGUAUUUCAACGACGCAAACUUGAGCUGUAUCAAUAUAAUGUGGGUCUGUCAGCAAUUUUUGAGGUUGUUUGUUGGAUUUAGUUGAUGAUUGCUUUACUUGAAACGGGGCUUAAACUUUCAUGUUUUAACUUUCUGGUUGUAAAAUUAGGUUUUGUUCAUGCAUAGAAUUGUAUGCAGUUGUUCUAUAUUAAGUUGAUGGCAAGAUUCACCUUUUCGAUCUUUUUCCCUUUUCCCCAUUUCUUGUUGAAUGAUUUCUCAAGAUCUUUGUGGUGUUUAUUAGAACACAUGGAAACUGGGAAAGGAGUUGAUUCUUCUGAUGAUGCUGGACUUGUAACAGUUGCAACUGACAAUGAUUCGCCAGCCAAUGAGCUUCACUGUUGCGAAGAUAAGGCAGCUGAAACUAAACCUGCGCAGAACGUAUCAUAUGUGUACAGACAAGAUGUUGUAAGGAGCAAUAUAAAUGGUAAGGUAGGUUUUGUUACUGAAGUGGCCGGUGACUCUGAUUCAGAUGGCAGCUUGACCGAUGACGACGAUGAUGAAGAUGACGACGACGACGACGACGAUGAUGACAAUGAUGAAAAUGAGGGAGAAGGGGACGGUAAAGAGGCUGGUGAUGAUGAAGCUCUUGCUGAUAACAGUGAGAAGGUUGAUGGUACAUUUGAUGCCUAUAGUCGUAAGAGUCGUCAUCUUCCAGCUGACCAAGUUAGGGUCUUCUGGAUGGAUGAUACUGAGACUACGGAAGGCAUUAAUGAUGUUCAAGUUUUGGAUAGAGGAUUUCUGCAUGGGGACUACGUUGCCUCUGCAUCGGACCCAACAGGUCAAGUGGGCGUUGUGGUUGAUGUCAAUAUAUCUGUCGACUUAUUAACUCAUGGAGAUGGGUCCUCUAUCAUCGAAGAUGUUAAUACCAAGAACUUGAAACGCGUCAGGGAUUUUACAGUUGGUGAUUACGUAGUCCUUGGUCCUUGGCUUGGUAGGGUUGAUGAUGUCAUGGAUAACGUCACGGUUCUUUUUGAUGACGGGUCUGUGUGUAAAGUUCUGAAAGCGGACCCUAUGAAUCUAAGACCAGUUGGUAAGAAUAUUCUUGAAGAUGGGCACUUUCCUUUCUAUCCUGGGCAACGCGUUAGAGCAACCUCUUCAUCAGUUUUUAAGAAUUCGAGGUGGCUUUCUGGCGUAUGGAAAGCUAACCGUCGAGAAGGUAUAGUGACCAAGGUUGCAGUUGGUUCUGUAUUCAUAUAUUGGAUUGCAUCUGCUGGUUAUGGGCCUGACUCUUCCACAACUCCGGCUGAAGAGCAAAGUCCCAAAAACUUGAAGCUGCUGUCUUGUUUUUCACAUGCAAACUGGCAAUUAGGAGACUGGUGCCUUCUUCAAACUCCACUUUUAUCAAUCCAGGUACCCGUGGAGAAGGGAUUAUCAAAGUUAGAACUUAGUGAUUCUCCAAAAGAAGAAACGGAUUCUGCUCAAACAGGAACAGAAAGUUCUGAAGUUGUCAAUUCUGAUGAAUCAAUUCCAAAUUGUGAAUCAACAUAUAUUGAUGGAUAUGAUUCAGUUGGUGAAAAUGUGGAAAAUAAAGCUCCUGCAGAAUCUAGUUCAUGCGCGAGUUCAUUGUCGAUCUCAAAGGAGUCAGCUCAUGAAUCUUGGCCCCUUCAUCGUAAAAAGAUUCGAAAAGUUGUGAUCAAGAGGGACAAAAAAGCUAGGAAAAAAGAAGAUAAUUUUGAGAGAGCCCUUUUGAUUGUCAAUAUGAGAACUACAGUUGAUGUUGCUUGGCAAGAUGGAACAAUAGGACGCAAUAUGAAUUCAACAAGUUUGAUUCCAAUAGAAAGUCCUGGUGAUCAUGAAUUUGUAGCCGAGCAGUAUGUAAUUGAGAAGGCCGCUGAUGAUCUUGAUGAUGCUAAUGAAUAUAAACGUGUAGGGGUAGUUCAAAGUGUUAAUGCAAAAGAGAAAACAGCUCAUGUCAAGUGGUUAAAGAAAGUUACGCGACCUGAGGAUCCAAGGGAGUUUGAUAAAGAAGAAGUUGUAAGCGUAUAUGAGUUGGAGGGCCAUCCUGACUUUGAUUAUUGCUACGGAGAUGUUGUCGUUCGAUUAUCUCCUGUUUCUGUUUUAUCUGAAACUUCUGAUGUGUUGAGCUUCAAUAAUGAACCUGAACUGCCACAUGCUUCCAAUGAGGUUGAGCCAGAUGUUGGGAAGAAAAAUGUACGCGAGAGUACCGAGGUUUCAUUCCCUGAUAAUGCUUCUGCUGAGUUUUCAGACUUAUCAUGGGUAGGAAAUAUUACUGGGCUAAAAAAUGGGGAUAUAGAAGUUACUUGGGCUGAUGGGAUGGUAACAUUGGUUGGUCCCCAGGCAAUUUAUGUUGUUGACCGUGAUGAUGAUGAAUCGAUAGGAGGUGGAAGUGAAAUUAGUGAUGGUGCAGCCAGUUGGGAAACAGUUGAAGAUGACGAGAUGGAGACUCACGAUAAUAAUAUAGAGGAUGCUAGGACAGAGAGUGUCUCGGACAUCAUUGUUGAGAAUGAAGAUGACUCUGAAAAUUCUGGGAGGAAUGGGCCCCUGGCCAUUCCCUUAGCUGCACUUGGCUUUAUGACCAGAUUAGCCUCCGGCAUAUUUUCCAGGGGAAGAAAACACACAGAUCCAGAUUCCAGAAGUGAAAGCGACCUUCAACCUUUGGAAUUUUCUGGGAGAGAAGAUCUAGAUAGUGAAUCGUGCUCCCAGAGAUCUAAUGGUGGUGAUAGCAUUGGUAGUCUGUGCAAUAAAGUCAAUACUGCUGAACAAGGUGACAAUGAGGCAGCAGAACUGUUGGAUGUGGCUGAAGCUAUUUGUAACUUGAAGCCAGAUGCAAGUGCAACAAAACGAUUGGAUGAUAUGGCAGCAAGUUUCAAAGGAUUUGAUAUCAGCAAAGAUCCCUAUGAUCAUCAUUUCCUUAAUGCAACUAAGCAGAAUAAUGCUGGUAGGAAAUGGCUUAGGAAGGUUCAACAGGAUUGGAACAUCCUCCAGAAUAAUCUACCUGAUGGAAUAUAUGUACGUGUGUAUGAGGACCGGAUGGAUCUGUUAAGGGCCGUAAUAGUUGGAGCUUAUGGUACGCCUUACCAAGAGGGGCUUUUUUUCUUUGACUUUCACCUCCCACCAGAGUAUCCAGAUGUCCCACCGUCCGCAUAUUAUCAUUCUGGAGGUUGGAGAAUAAAUCCGAAUCUGUACGAGGAAGGAAAAGUGUGUCUGAGCCUUUUAAAUACUUGGACAGGCAGAGGAAACGAGGUCUGGGAUCCAUCAUCAUCGAGUAUUCUUCAAGUUCUAGUGUCACUUCAAGGGCUAGUUCUUAAUUCGAAGCCUUAUUUUAAUGAAGCUGGAUAUGACAAACAAAUGGGGACGGCUGAAGGAGAGAAAAAUUCUUUGUCUUACAAUGAAAAUACAUUCUUACUAAACUGCAAGACGAUGAUGUAUCUGAUACGGAAGCCACCCAAGGACUUUGAAGAGCUUGUGCAGGAGCACUUUAGGAAGCGUGGUUAUUACAUCCUCAAGGCCUGUGAUGCUUAUAUGAAAGGCUACCUUAUCGGUUCACUAGCAAAAGAUGCGUCAAUUAGCAAGAGCUGUGAUGCGGAUUCUAAUUCGAAUUCGAUCGGCUUCAAAAUUAUGUUGGCUAAGCUCGUGACAAAACUAUACAAUUCCUUCAGUGAAAUUGGUGCAAACUGUCAGGAUUUUAAGCAUUUGCAACACUUAUAGUACGGCUCUCACCAUUCAAUGCAGCUUGUGGUCAGCUCAUUCUUUUUUGUUGUUGCGAGAAUAUGGAGGCUUAUGAAUGUUAAUUGUACUCUGUAUGAAACGCUUUUAGAUACAUUUUUUCUAGUGUCAAAACAGGCACACCAAACAUGAGAGGUUCAUGUCUGCGAGCCUUGAUAGAUCAGUCCAGUGGAAGCCAAAUUAAAGGCCGCCAUUGCUACUUUGUUAAUUGUACAAUUUCAUGAACUAACAUAUACGAUGGAAUCAUAGUCUUCCGAGUUUUGCUUAUAGGACAUGCACAGAAAAAAUACCCAGUUUUGUGCCUCCCUUUUUGAGGGAAUAUUUGGUUGUCAUCUGUUUCUGCAAUUGAAUUUUGAGAAUUGACAUUUCCUCCUGGACAUGGGAAAAUUGAAAUAUGGAUUGGUCAGAAAUUUUCCUUUGGCAACAUUCAGUUGUGCACAUUGGUUGUUAUUCUAUAUCUACUUGUUAUAUUGAUCAAACUUUUCCAGCCAUUUAUUUUAAGCAGAUUGUUACGCAGAAGUUUGUCCUUAAUCCUAUAGUUCCGAA